CCCUCCAAAAUGAUCACAAAUCAAACACGGUUUCUCAGGGUCAGAAUCCAAAACCCUAGUGACCAACCAUGGCCUCCCCUUCGGCUUCGCGGUACACAGGCGUCACCGGAAGAAUCCAAACUGCAGCUUCGACACUGUACUCCGACAAUCAGUCCCUCAUCGCUGAAUUUCGGAAGGCGUUGAAUAUGAUGAAGGAAAUUGGGGUUGAUUUGGAGAGAGAUAAUCAGUCUCAGAUGGUUUUAAGAAGGCAAUGCCCAAAAGUUAAGCUUAACUUUGUUAAGUGGGUGUGGAUUUAGGAAGCAAUGACCAUAUGCAUGGCAACUGGUAAUAUAUAUAUUGUGUAGUCAAUGAGCCGUAAUGUAUCUUUUCCUUUUAUAUUUCUUUAUACAUAUAAAUCCUUAAG